AUGGCCGGGAGUCGCAGCCAAGGGGCGGAGUUUGUCCUUGCUGGGUUAGCGGCUUGUGGUGCCAUCACCUUGACCAACCCGAUUGACGUGGUCAAAACACGCCUGCAGCUGCAAGGCGAACUCGCAGCUGCAGGUGGCAAGGCCUACACAGGGAUCGGCCAGGCGCUACUUCGUAUCGCCCGAAAGGAAGGCCUCCGUGGCUUGCAGCGUGGCCUCGGCGCAGCGUAUUUGUUGCAAUUCAGCAAUGUCGGCUGCCGUUUCGGUGCUUACGGCUCCCUGAAACAGCUCUUUGGUGUGAAGCCUGGAGCCUCGGCGACGGACAGCCUCUCCUCGAUGCUUCUGGGUGCAGCAUCUGGCUCACUGGCGGCCAUAGUGUCGAACCCCUUCUUCCUGCUCAAGUCAAGAUUUCAAGCAGCAGGAAGCGAGGAUGUGCUUCAUCAGCAUGGCCAUUUGUCGCUCAGGAAAGCCUUCAUUGAAAUUGGCCAGCUCCAGGGCUUUCGUGGCUACUACCGCGGCCUUUCGGCAUUUGUGCCCCGUGUAGCUGCUGCCACAUCGGUGCAGCUGUCCACAUACGACAUCAGCAAGGAUUGUAUUCUCAGAUACGUGCAGGUGAAGGAUGGCGUCGCCAUUCACUUCGUUGCUAGUCUCUUGUCUGGCAUUGCCGUUACCAUGGCCAUGCAGCCUUUUGAUAUUGUAGCGGUGAGGUUGAUGAAUCAGCCACACAAAGAGUGUGGCAGCGGACUUCUUUAUUCUGGGCCCGUGGACUGUUUGAAGCAAAUGCUGCAGGCAGAAGGUGUACUGUCCGCCUUGACACAUCACGUGAUGUCUGCGUCCGAUCCUCCUUGGUGUGUUACAGGAGGAUCCGGUUUUCUGGGAUCUUGGUGCGUGAAGCUGUUGCUCGAGGAGGGUUACACAGUACGAACGACCACUCGCAGUGCAGAAAAGGCUGCGUACCUGAAGCGCCUUCCUGGAUCUGAGCGUCUCACGAUUCUGGAUGGAGUCGACCUUCUCACUCCAGGGGCCUUCGAUGAUGCCAUUCGAGGCUGCAGCUGUGUUUUGCACACUGCAUCUCCGUUCUACAUGAAGGGUGGAUCUGAAGAGAAGCUUGUCACACCAGCAGUGGAAGGAACACGAAACGUCUUGAACUCUUGUCGCAGACUGGGGGUGAAGAAGGUUGCGCUCACCUCUUCCACGGCCAGCGUGUAUACUAAUUAUGGAAGCCUGCCUGCAGAUCAUGUCUACACCUCUGAGGAUUUCUCACCCGAGGACGUACUGCGGGAAAAGCAAAACUGGUAUUGCCUGUCGAAGUUACUGGCCGAACAGUUGGCUUGGAGCAUGAGCAAAGAAUCCGGAUGCCCCUUUGAGCUUACAGUUCUGACACCGACGCUGAUCUGGGGCCCUAUGCUGCCCGGCCAGCCUCACAUGAACACCUCUGCAAGUAGCUUGGUCGGCUAUAUGGACGGAAGUCUCAAAGUGAUCGAGAACGCGUGCAAGACAGUUGUUGAUGUUCGUGACGUGGCGAAGGCUCACAUCGAGGCAGCGCGUAAUGAUCUCGGCGGACAGCGAUUCCUUUUGAUUGGUGGUUCCCCUCAUUUCACAGCUGUGGCCGAGUAUGUUCGGGAAGCACUCCCAGGAGCCUUGCAGGUAAACGUACCGUCGGAGUUGUCACCGGAACUGGGACCAGCUGUGAUGGGGCCAGCGCCGCCCCUGCCUGUCCUUUACGAUGUCUCGCCAGCGGAGCGGCUUCUUGGAAUAUGCUUCAAAACGGCAAAGGAACAGGUAGAAGCCAUGGUAAAGUCCAUGCUGGACAAUGGUUUCCAGCGUUCGGAUCAGUAUGUGCCAGACAAGUUCGGCCUUUACAAGGGGGCUGCGGCAAACUAUGUGCGCUUUGGACCGUACUGCACCCUGACAUUCGUCUUCUUGGAGCAGCUCCGCCUUGCGUGGGACCGCGGAUUCGCGACUGCGUGCUGA